AUGUCGGCCAAUGCGGUAGCCAAAGCCGCGGGCGGCGUUGUUUCCAUCGCCAAGAAGCAAACUCUUCAGUCGACCGGCAUCUGGGAGUCGUUCCGCAAAGCCCUCGCGAUUGACCCCAACCGCUCCAAUGGCGUGCCGCUGAACCCGUACUACCGCCUUCCUGCGCCAGGCUCCAACGACCCGGCGUCGUUUGAGGAUCCCGUCACGCUACCCGCGGGUGACAUUGCCGGCAACCCCUACUGGAAGCGCGACACGCGUCGCAACUACCCACAGCUCAGCGUUGUCAGCCAGGCUGACGUCGUGAGCCUGCUGACUGUCGGCAGCGCUGUCAACCCCAAGGUCGAGCUGAUUGGCGAGGCAGGUGAGAAGGCUCUCGUGGCUGCGCAGCAAGAGGGCCAGACGACCGGCCUGGCCAAGGCGUUGGCCAAGGCCACCCCCAAGGACGUCGCCAAGGAUCUAUUCGUCAAUGGCCUUCCGCCGCUGCCGAGCGGACAGUCGCUCUCCUCCGGAGAGUGGAACGUGCACAAGUAUGAGCUGACGGACCGGUCGUAUCCUGAUGGAUACCCUUGCAGAUCAUUCCAAUAG